AUAUCAACAAAAAUAUGUAGCCUAGUCAUAGUAUUAAAGAUGGAUUUUUCAUGGGCCAAGCGGUAUCCAGACGUUUACAAAAUAUGCACACUAUUUCAACUAUGUGAACUAUCGGCACCACUAAAAUACAAUUAUACCCCACUAACUGGGUACCUACAAAACGGACCACAGUGCGGUUUGGUUGCUUUGGCAAUGAUUCAGGGGAACCCAACAAACGAAAGUGUUUUAAAAAUAUUCAAUAUUGCCAAAAAUAAUGAUUUUACACACAAUGGAGAGAUAUUAAGUGCUGAAUAUAUGAAAAUAUUGGCUGAAGAUGUAUUGGGGGGUGAUUAUUUAGUUAAAUUGAAUACUGAAGGCUUGAAUAAUCAAAAAAUAAAGGAUUUUUUACUUGGUGGUGGGUUUGUGUUAAUUCCUUAUGAUACGGAAAAAGACAACUCCCCAGGCUUUUUAAAAGGACACAAAGCCCAUUGGGCAGUUAUUUCUGGAGGUAUUGAAACAGUUACCAAUUUUUAUGUUUUGGCAAGACAUGGCAAAGCAAAAAAUGUGUGUAUAUGGAGUUUAAGCAUUCUGGCUGAAAGCAACAUGCAAUUAUACGAGUUUUCUCCAGACAAAAAGUUACAGGAUAUUGAAUAUAAGUUGCCUAAAGGUGGAAUAAGUGGACAUAAUGGUAUAAAUGGAAAAUCAGUGCUGAUCUUGAAAAAAUGAAUUAUUUAUAAAAUAAUUAAAU